AUGAAGAUGGCCGUUACAGAUAAGGCAUCUGCGUCAAGCAGCGAUGUUAAUAUCCGCGGCGCGGCUUCGUCCUCAUCUUCGAAAGUCAUCAACGGCUCUUCUCACACCAAAACUUCGCUUCCCACGGGUGAGGCUAGCGAAGUGCCCAAGGGGAAAAGGAGAAGCAAGUAUCGGCAUGUGGCAGCCUACCAUUCAAAGUCGCAACACUCAAGCCUAAGCCGAGAAUCCAAUGUUCCGACUAGUUUCCUCGGGUUCCGGAACCUGAUGGUGAUUGUCCUGGUGGCGAUGAAUCUCCGUUUAAUUAUCGAGAAUUCUAUGAAAUAUGGUGUCCUCAUCUGCAUUAGAUGCCAUGACUACCGGAAACAAGAUGUCGUCCUUGGCUCAAUGCUCUUUGUCAUUGUUCCUUGUCAGCUGUUUAUUGCAUACAUACUAGAAUUGGCUGUAGCAGGGAGGGUCAAAGAGACUGUUGGCCGAAAGAAGAAAGACAAAUCAGCUGAGGAGGGCGAACGUGAACAACGCGAAUUCCGGACGAUUUGGCGGUUCGCCCUAUCAUUUCAUAUCCUCAACACCUUGCUGAAUCUUGCGGUGACGAGCUAUGUCGUUUAUUAUUACAUCCAUCAUCCGGGGAUCGGGACGCUCUGCGAAGUUCAUGCCAUCAUUGUAGCGCUCAAAAAUUGGUCCUACGCGUUCACCAAUCGUGAUCUUCGCGAAGCGAUGCUUAAUCCAUCCGCGGAGUCCGCCCUUCCCGAGAUCUACUCUUCAUGCCCUUAUCCACGGAACAUUACACUUGGGAACUUGGUGUACUUUUGGUUGGCACCUACGCUGGUUUAUCAGCCGGUUUACCCCAGGUCACCCAAAAUCCGAUGGUGGUUUGUGGGCAAGCGCAUGUUCGAGUUUGUAAGCUUGUCGAUAUUCAUAUGGCUUCUCUCAGCCCAGUACGCUGCCCCUGUCCUGCGAAAUUCUAUUGACAAGAUCGCUGUCAUGGACAUUGCUUCCAUUUUUGAGCGCGUGAUGAAGCUAUCUACCAUCUCCCUUAUUAUUUGGCUCGCUGGGUUCUUUGCUCUUUUCCAAUCAUUCUUGAAUGCCCUGGCUGAAGUGCUGCGGUUUGGAGACCGAGAGUUCUAUCUCGACUGGUGGAACAGCUCCAGUCUUGGUAUGUACUGGCGAUCUUGGAACAGGCCGGUCUAUCUCUUCAUGAAGAGGCAUGUGUAUUCGCCUCUAAUUGGGCGGGGGUACAGUCCUUUGAUGGCAAGCACUGUUGUCUUUCUAGUUUCGGCUCUUCUGCACGAACUGCUUGUGGGGAUCCCUACGCAUAAUAUGAUAGCCGUUGGGGGCACUGCUGUAUUUCUUCGCUUGGCAGGCGAAUCUGUAAUAUUUAGUUUACUCUUCAUAAUGGUCGCGAUAAUCGUCCCCGACAACUACGGUGCCGUUAUUGGCGUCGCGCUUGGAGCUAUUCCUGUGCUCAGCUUUAUCCAUGGAACUGUUGUGACAAGCAAUCGCAAGGAAGCCAAGGUCCCCUACCCUCACACCUAUGCGACUAUCGAACAGUGCAAGUCGAAUGCUAAAGCCGAACAAUUCAACUGCGCUCAGCGCGCACACGCCAACUUCCUGGAAAAUGCUCCCCAGACCAUGCUCUUUACUCUCGUUGCGGGUCUGAAAUACCCCCUGCUGGCUACGGCUCUUGGCGCCGUCUGGCUCGUGGCUCGCUCGCUCUUCUUGUACGGCUACGUGUACUCGGGCAAGCCGCAGGGUAAGGGAAGGUUUCUUGGAGGAUUUUUCUGGUUGGUGCAGGGUGCUUUGUGGGGGCUGAGUGUAUUCGGCGUUGGAAGGGAUUUAAUCUCUUUCUGA